AAAAUCAGCACGCUCUUUCGUACGUGAGAAAUCUUAGCUAGCUAAUGCAGAACAGGACCUCCUACUUCGGUUUCUACAGGCCAAUCCUGGGAAGCACAAUGCAUGUGUUGGGGGAAGGCACUGGGGUGGAUUGGCGAUAAUCUUCUGGACUGGGGAGUAGAGAGGUCUCCGGAACUAAGGUACAAAUAAGAUGGCUACGAAUGUAAGUCUGGACCCCAAUAGCCCUGAUGACAAGUGCAGUCGCAAUGAAGUUUUGUCCUGGAUCAACGAAACAUUACAGAUUAAUUUUACUCAAGUGGAGCAAUGUCGUUCAGGUGCUUGUUUUUGCCAGCUUAUGGACUUGCUCUUCCCAGGAUCCAUUGACAUGAGCAAAGUAAAGUUUGAAUCCCAAAAGAGGUCUGAUUUUUUACAGAACUACAGUCUUCUGCAGACAGCUUUCCGAAAAUCAGGUGUAACAGAGCCAGUCCCUGUGAAGCAGCUUCUCACAGGAAAGUUUAGACCCAGUUUCACCUUUCUGAAAUGGUUCAAGAAAUUUUUCUUUGCCAAUGAGAGGCAAGGGAGAGAGUACAACCCAGUUGCAGCUCGUAAUGGUCAGGAUAUUGUACAAGUAGAUGACCCUGUUAAGUCUCCAAAAUCCUGGAGAACUCCACGUGAAUCUGGCAGAGUAAGAGACGAGUCUGAAAAAAACAUGGAAUUGAAUGGAAGGAGGCGACCUGUGACUUAUGAUCCUAAAUGGCAAAGAACCUUCAAAUGGAUCAGAGCCAGCCAUAAGGGAGACAACUGUGCUUACUGCACUUUGUGUGACGACAAUAUUGUUUUACACACUGGUUUUUCCGAUCUUAAGCGACACCAGAAGACUCAGAAGCAUAUGAAGCAUGAUAUGGGAGGAUUAAAUUCAUCUGGUAGAAAGCUAAUUGAAAACUAUAUUUCCUAUAGUGAAACCAUGCUGCUUUUCAUUCAAAACCAUUGCCUUUCCAGUUUACCCUCAAGGAUCAACAAGGUCUCGCAACGUACUGCAAGCUACAUCCUCGGCCUAAAUUAUCCAAAUGAUAUUGUUUCUGCUUGUAAGAGCAAUCCGUACUGUAUCUAUAUAUACGGGCAGGUGCCACUUGAUGCAGAGAACAUAGAAAGGAGCUCCUGCCAUGUGGUGCUAGUCGGCUUUUUUGAGGAAAAGAAAUCAAGAUAUUGUAUCCGUCUCCUUGAUGUCUUUCAGGCUGAAGAUGGUAGCUCUGUAUCUGGAUGUUUACUCGGUGUCCUCCAAAAGUUUGAGCUUCCUGCUGGCAACAUGGUAGCUCUCUAUGUUAAUGACCAGGAACAGACCUCAGGAAGUAUUGUGUCGCAGAUUCAGGAGCUCAACCCACAGGUGAUUGAUCUUGGUGGACUUUACAGCAUACCUGACUAUGCCUGCAGUGCUGGCCUAAAGGUGCACUCCAGUCAGGUUCAGGAACUUAUUGCUGACAUCUAUGAACACUUCUCCACUUGUUCCACCAGCAACGACAACCUCAAGAUGCUGUUUGCGGGCAUUGAUGAACUAAAAGACACCAGCACUCCCCUCUCACACAAUUGUGAGGAGUUUUGUGUGCUUGUUCAAAGGAUGCUUGGAAUGUGGAGUGAUUUGGUAUCAUACUUCACUUCCUGUGAUGAAAAUAAUGAUAAAGCUAAGCAGAUUUGUUCGCAGUUGGAGAAUCCUAAAUUUAGGAUCACCUUGAUGUUUCUGGAUCAUGCUCUUGGACCACUCCGUGUCUUCGAGCAGCACCUGCAACAAAGCAAAGGCUCUGUUCACGCUGAUCUUGUCCAGAUCCUUCGAGAAGCAAGUGGGCUCCUACGUUCGUAUGCCUCCAGCUUUCUUCGCCCUCAAGCGGUUAUACGCUACCUGAAGGAACGAGACCCAACCCUCCUGGAGAACUCAACAUUCUGCCUUCCUGCUACUGAGCUCAGUCUAGGUGGUGCGGUGGAAGACUUCAUCUCCACCAGAGAAGAAGACCUAGCAGAUUACCUGAACGUGUUUCAUGAUGAGUGUUUAGCUUUCUACAAAACUCUUAUGACCUCCAUUGCUGACAGUCUACCUCUGAGCGAUAGUGUCCUGAGGGGCAUUUCACAACUCCUUAGCCCGGCAGGAAGAUUAAAGGUCACAGGAAAGAGUAUAGUUGACCUUGCAGUACAAUUUGGCAUCUGCUCCAAACCUGAGGAUUCUGCUAAGCUCACAGAUGAGUUCUUGGAGUACCAGCUUGUAGAGGAUGAAGAAGACACGUCAUCAACUCUUACUCUGGAACGAUACUGGUGUAAUGUGCUCAAGUCUUUUCCACCAGAAUCUAUCUUCAAGAGACUUGUCCUCUGUUUUUUGGUUUUGCCCUGUCCAUCUCUUAAAGCAGAAAAUAUCUUUGCACAGGCUGUUGAAAAUGGGGAUGCUGCUCAUUGGGAUGAUAGUUCAAGUGAAAGUGAAACAGAAAUGGCGAAAGAUCUGGAUUCCAAUGAUGACUCUUCUUUAGAGCACACUGAAGACAAGAUUUCUUCUCCCAGAAAUGGGAGAAUGAAAAAAAACAGAAGCAGCACAUCAGACAUGGUUCAACACUCAAACACAGUGAAGCCGUGUGUGGUGCAACUGGAGAAGAUCACCAGUCAGAGAGAAAUGGACAUAAGGAAAGAUGGAGAUAUCUGUAGCACACUACAUGAGGGCUCCGUUAGGGGAAUAUACGGUUGGGACAGCAGUUUACGGCAGAAACCACAGGAACGUACAGUCUUCCAGGCUGGUACAGGCACCUGGAGCAAACCGGUGAACCCAGACAAGAACGGCAAACCAGAGGCGGUUAAGAACAAUGCUCGUUCAUCUGCAACAAGUUCGACCCUGAGCCCCAGACCUGGAAAGAGAGAACAACCGUACAAUGAUGGAAAAGGUUAUGCCAUUGGAGAGCUUGUGUGGGGAAAAGUAAAGGGCUUCUCUUGGUGGCCUGGACUGGUGGUGGUGUGGAAGGGCAGGGUGCUUCCUGUGUCUAUGAGGCGUGUAGAGUGGUUUGGCGAUGGCAUGUUUUCAGAGAUUCAUACAGAGGGACUGCUGCCCUUCGCUGCAUUUGCAAAGUGCUUUUGUAGUAAAUCCUAUGAAGGUCUGCCUACCUACAAGAAUGCCAUCUAUCAAAUCCUAGAGUUGGCAGCGGAGCGCUGUGGAAAGACUUUCCCCCCUUCUGAGAAGAAAGGGGAAGAGGUGAAGGCUAUGCUGGAUUGGGCAUUUGGAGGCUUCCAGCCCAUAGGUCCUGAUGGCUUUUUGCCUCUUGUGGACAGCUCUACCAGUAAUAAAACUGAGUCCGAUUCCUCUGUGUCUGAUUGUCAGCCUCCAGCCAAGAGGAAGUAUGUCAGCAAGAACAGACAGUCAACUCAGGAUUACACCAGAGAUCAAAUGGUCAAUGAGGUAACCCUUAAAGGCAGAAACAUUGAAGAUUUCUGCCUGUCCUGUGGAAAUGCCAACGUUGAAACUUUCCAUCCUCUUUUUAAGGGAAGCCUUUGUUUUAAGUGCAAGGAGAACUUUACAGAGACGCUGUACAGGUAUGAUGAUGAUGGCUAUCAGUCGUACUGCACCAUCUGCUGUGCUGGACUAGAGGUCAUUCUUUGUGGAAACGCCAGCUGCUGCAGGUGUUUCUGUAAAGACUGUUUGAAUGUGUUGGUGGGACCAGAGACGUUUGAUAAGCUAAAGGAGGUUGACCCAUGGAGCUGUUACAUUUGCCAGCCCUCUAAGUGCCACGGCGUGCUCAAGCUCAGGCCGGACUGGAGUGUUCGUGUCCAGGAGUACUUCGCCAAUAACAGUGCCUUUGAAUUUGAGCCACACCGAGUGUAUCCUUCAAUUCCAGCAAAUCAGCGUCGUCCAAUCAGAGUCCUCUCCCUGUUUGAUGGGAUUGCAACAGGCUAUCUGGUUUUAAAAGACCUGGGUUUUAAGGUGGAGCGCUACAUUGCCUCUGAGAUCUGUGAAGACUCCAUUGCUGUUGGGAUGAUCAAACAUGAGGGCCAGGUUGAAUAUGUAAAAGAUGUGCGCACCAUCACAAGGAAACAUCUGGCCGAGUGGGGGCCGUUUGACCUCCUGAUUGGGGGAAGUCCCUGUAAUGACCUGUCCAUGGUGAAUCCAGCCAGAAAAGGUCUUUUUGAAGGCACAGGUCGACUGUUCUUUGAAUAUUACCGCAUGUUAACCAUGAUGAGGCCAAGAGAGGAUGAUGAUCGCCCCUUUUUCUGGCUCUUUGAGAAUGUAGUAGCCAUGAGUGCCCAUGACAAGGCUGAUAUCUGUCGUUUCCUGGAGUGUAAUCCUGUGAUGAUUGAUGCUGUGAAAGUAAGCCCAGCCCACAGGGCCCGUUACUUCUGGGGAAAUUUACCUGGAAUGAACCGACCACUUGCUGCUUCACUCGCUGAUAAAGCAGAUCUGCAGGACUGCCUGGAGGUCGGACGAACUGCAAUGUUCAACAAAGUUCGCACCAUCACCACCAAAUCCAAUUCCAUCAAACAGGGGAAGAUGGGACCUCUGCCAGUCACCAUGAAUGGAAAAGAGGACUAUCUUUGGUGUACGGAAAUGGAGAGAAUAUUUGGGUUCCCAAAGCAUUACACAGAUGUGAAUAAUAUGGGGCGAGGACAGAGGCAGAAGUUGCUUGGGCGGUCCUGGAGUGUUCCCGUGAUCCGACACCUCUUUGCCCCCCUGAAGGAUUACUUUGCUUGCGAGUAAAACCACCGUCUGGUCCAGGCAGCACUGGCACUGGAGGUCCAAAUCGAGUCUCUCAGAUAUAUGAAAUUGAUGAUUUAUUUUUUUCCUGCAGAUUCUGAAUAUUUUCCAAUUUUAAUGUUGCAUUUGUUCUAAACGUUCAGAAAGCAUGUUUUCCUGAUGAUUUAUCUUUGGAAUGCACAGACACUUUUGGAUUAGAUUUUGAACAUCUUAAGUACUGUCAUUUUUAACUUGUAUACUUUUAAAGUGAUUUUAAUGCUGGAGAGAGCCACACGAUACUCCAUCCACUACCUCAGUGGCAGUGCCAUUCUGUGAUGGGUUCAUUGUCUGGAGGUAUGCCGCUUUAUGCCUAUUUAUAUUUUAAUGAAUAAGUUAAUGUUAGUUUGGUUUAGUUUAUCACAUUUUUACAUUAAACUUUUCCUUGUUUAUGCAUAAACAAGUCCUCUUGUUAAAUAUUGCAUAGUUUCACAAUUUUUAAAUUGUUGAUCGGUAAUUUUGUCAUUCCACGGUGCUGUUUUAUAAUACAAAAUGUUUGGCCAUAAUGAUAACUGUACUAAGUCAACACUUAAAUAUUUUCCUAUUUAGCAGCAUCUAAUGGAAUAGUGUUAAUAUACACCGAAGAUGACUUGGGUUUCAAUUAAACAGCAUUUUAUUUGUAGGAAUACAUGCAAUCUUGUAGUUGUACAAAAUUGAGUUCUGUAUUUAGAAGCACAAAGGUCGUCUGUGCCAUUAUAUUUUAAUAAUUGAUAGAUGUGAGCUGACAGUAGCCUUCUAAAGCUUUACCUUAAAAAAAAAAAGUAUUCUUGAUCAUUUAUGAUCAAUUUGCAGAGCGACGUUGCCAGUAUAAAACUACUUUUUUGCCUUGAGCUAGCAUUUUAGACCAUACUGUAAUUAUUUUACAAAAGACAGGUCAUCAACCCUUAGGAUUGAUUUUUUUCCAUUUUGCCCCAUUUGUUACCUGUACGCACUUCUGAUUUGAAACUGUUGGCUCAAACUGGCCACUGCAGCACUGAUUUGUGCUGUUUUUGGUGAGGAUUUAGCAUACCACAAUAUCUAAGUCACUGUGUUAACUUUGAAGCCUUUUUGUACAACAUGGUGCAAUGUGAUCAAGGGGCUUAAACUGAAUAAGUGCCUACACAUUGAUAGGCUAUAUUUUUAUGUAGAAAAAAAAAAUUGUUGAAAUGAUUGUAACUGGCAUGACCUUAGAUGACUUUAAAGGGAAGAAUUUUGGCUACUUUGCAUUUUUCUAGUGCAAAUGACCAAAUUGUAUCUUACUUUUGAAAUGUCUCCGAAUACGUUUCGUUAUCAAUUGUGGUCCACUGUCAGUGUGAAAUAAGGUGCUUCAUAAUGUGUGUAUAAAUACUGUUUUCAUUGUAGUUGUUUAGCAUGUGUGUUUUCAGCAUUAUGCAGAUCAUGGUGAUUUGUGGUUCUUUGUCACAGGUCAAAUCUAGGGUGACCAUACAUCCACUUUUUCCUGGACAUAUUCUCGCUGGGUUUCUAAACUGCCUAAAUUGUCUGGGCUUUGGCUUUGUUUUCCUAUUGACAUGCUGUCUGUUAUCCUCAUGCAUUUUAUGUACAUGUAUUUGCAUUGUUUUGACCAUACUCUGUAGAUCCCUCCUUCUUGUACGCCACGACUAAUCAAUUAUGUACAAUGCCUGCGUGUGAUUGGUCUGAUUUCUUUUCAGUCAUUACCAUCAGCAAGUACAAAAACAGUAGGAAAAUCCAAAACCUGGACAUUUUAGGCAAUUUAGAAAUCCCGGCCAGGACAUGUUUGUGGAAAAAGGCAGCAUACGGUCAGCCUAGGUAAGGCUGAUUUUCAGCUUUUGGAAGUUUUCUAAAACAUGAUACUAAGUGACUUAAACUAAGCUUGAUUAAACAAAUUUGAGGUGUGUGUGCUUUGGUAAAAGGUCAAUAACUGGAUCAUGUAUGUCUUGAUGCCUUUUGGAUGUGUAUGUCUCGUAGCAAAGCUUUAGAAAUUCCCAGUAAGACCUGUGUUGGUGCUGUGUUACAUGUAAUUGUUGUAAAAUGAUGGUCCGUGUGAAAUUCAGAGGUGCAGUAUUGUGUCGUAGGAAAUAACUCCCUCAGGUCUUCUCAACACCAGCAGGCCUCAUAGGACCGUGAUCUAUAAGGUCACACUUGAUGAUUAUUUUUAUUCAAUUCUUUGUGAAUAGAAUAUACUAUAUAUUUGUACCCUUGAAAUUGCCCUUAAUACCUCUUUUUUUUUUUUUUUUUUUUUUCCUGUUGAAUGGGUCUUAAAAAACCCUGAUGUCUUUUGGUGCUAAAUGAAAUGCUAAUGAUGUAUGUAGAUAUAGAAUGUUUUCCUGAACUGAUGAUUUCAAGACAGGUUUUGUUUUAAUAUCUUUUGAUAUUUUACAUAGUCUGUUUACCUAGCUUUAAUAUUCCAUGCUUGUACUAAUAUAAGUGAUGAAAAAUAAAUUUCACCAACCUUUUUUUGUCUU